GCCUGGUCCAGGUGGGGUGACUUAGUCUAGUGGGGUUGGCUGGGCAUCUAUCGUCGGCUUAAUUGGGCUGUAUCUUUUUCUCGAAAAUCAAUUAAUUGGAGUUCUUGGCAUCCCGUUUUCUUUAGACUCCCUUCCCUUCCUUUCUUCAGUCUCGAGGACUUUGCCUGCAACCGUCAGCUCUUGUGACCUCAUUCUUUCAAAAUUCCUUCAUUUAUUCUUCCUAACAAAAAACAAAAAAGUCCUUCCUGUCUGGCGGCAGUUGGGCUUUGGUUCAGCAUGCAACAAUGGCUGUCGACGAACGUUCGAGGAACCCUGACGAUCUCAACACUGACCGCAUUACAAGUUGGCGAUCUAUCGUCACGCUUAUAGUCUUUGUGAUAGCGAACGUUGUUGUUCUAUUCCCAUUUCAUGUGCCGAUACUCGUCCCUCGGUGGCUCCACAAUGCGGCUCUGGAUGGAUUAGCUUUCCUAAGACUGAUUCCUCCUCGGUCUGGUUAUUAUGCCAGUGAGGAUGGACAUGAACAGGGGCAACAAGAGGCCGACAAGCCUGCCAAAUGGUUGCGGUUCCAAUUCCCCAUCAACUUUCUGACCGGCCCAUUGAUUGCCGACCUCUUUCUGCUUGCCAUCCUGGCUAUUGGCAAGAAAGAGGUCGUCGCAGGAACUUAUGGCGCCGAAAACAUCCACCCCAUCGACAUUAUGCUCUUCUUCAUCACCCUGGCCUACAUCGCCAUAUCUAUCGACGCCUCUGGACUCAUCAGAUACAUGGCGUUUCGUGUACUGAAGUGGGGAGGGAAGAAUGGUCAUCUCCUGUUUUUCUACCUCUACGCCUUCUUUUUUGCCCUGGGAAGUUUCAUCGGAAACGACCCUAUCAUUCUAUCUGGAACUGCAUUCUUGGCCUAUAUGACCCGAGUAUCCAGCAACAUUGUUCACCCGAGAGCGUGGAUCUACACCCAAUUCGCCAUAGCCAACAUCUCCUCGGCAAUUCUGGUCUCCUCCAACCCUACAAACUUGGUUCUUGCUGGUGCUUUCAGCAUUCGAUUCAUCGACUACACAGCAAACAUGAUUGUGCCAGUUGUCUGUACAGUCGUCGUUCUCUUCCCCUUUCUCCUCUACAUAGUCUUCUCCAACGAAGAACUGAUACCCAAGUCCAUCGAGAUGCAUGAACUGCCAGAGCAUGCAAGGGGAGGUAAACCCAUAAAUCCAAACAUCCCGCAUGCCAGGGGUAACCCGGCGGAGGGCCAUGAACUUGAAGAAACCCAAGUUGUCGAGCUAUCCCUCGAGGAGAUCAUGAAUCCUUUUCUAGACAAGAAAGGUGCUAUUUUUGGUGCCGUCAUCAUGGCCGUCACUCUGAUCACGGUUCUGGCCGUAAAUGCUGCCAUGAGCAGCUCUGGGAAAGAUCAACCUGUCUAUUACGUCACUGUCCCAGCAGCGACAUUGAUGCUCUUGUGUGAUCUUGCGAUCGGAUGGAUGAAUCGGCAUGAUACGCGAAGAAUUGCAAGGGAGGGAAGGCAGAGGUUCGAGGAUGCACGUAUACAGUCGGAACUGAGGGGAACAGAUGCGUACUCACUCCAAGAGUCUGACCGGCACCAAGAAAUCGAUGGCACUGUACGGGGCGCAGAUGCUCUUCCGGUCGGUACUGGUGAGCCUCAUGAGAACGUGACAAGCAAUAAGUCUUUGAAUGGGAACACAACAGUACCGGGGACUGUUCAUCCUGAGAAGGACGAAAAGGACGACGCCGUACAAUCAAGCGAAACAAACACAAUGACACCACUAAAAGCCGACGCCUCAGAGCGUGAGGACUCUGGGUCUAGCGAACAGAGUUCCCGGUACGAGAAGCAGGAUUUGACUUCAUCAGAAAACAGGCAAGCCUCAGAGUCGCAAGGAGUUUUGGGAGCUACAAAGGCCGAGGUGAAAGAGCGCGAGAAGUCUUUAAACGGGGUCAAGGCCUCCAAAAACGAACAAGAAGCCUCCGUGACCCGUGACGCCGAAUUGCAAUCAGACCCGAGACACGGCAAAAAGCGUCAAAAGUCAAACCUGGUAUACAUGUACAGAGAUGCGCACAUCUGGGCGCAAGAGACGUUCCCGACCGUCAUGGCGGUGUUUGCACACCUGCCUUUCGCCUUGAUCCCAUUUGCCUUUUGCAUGUUUGUCCUCGUUCAGGGCCUCGUCAGCAGCGGCUGGGUUCCCGUCGUUGCCUACGGUUGGGACCACUGGGUCACAAAGACUGGGACUGUGGGUGCCAUUGGCGGCAUGGGGUUUCUCUCCGUCGUUCUAUGCAAUUUCUCUGGUACCAACAUCGGCACGACCAUCCUCCUCUGCCGCGUGAUCCAGGCCUGGCAGGCCAUCCACGACGAGGGUCUAAGCAGCAACCCGGCGAUCAAGGAUCGUGACUUCUGGGCGACGGUCUACAGCAUGGCGAUCGGCGUCAACUAUGGCGCCUUCAGCACUACGUUCAGCGCCUCUCUGGCCGGUCUGCUCUGGCACGACAUCCUGAAGCGCAAGCACAUCCACGUCCGCGCUCUCGAGUUUGCCCGUAUCAAUCUUCCCAUCAUAGCCGUCUCCAUGGUGGUUGGCUGCGCCGUGCUGGUAGGCGAGGUCUACUUGAUGAGGAAAGACGAGCCUCUACAGCUAUGAGAUGAGAAAAAAUGAAGUCUGGUUUGAUGUUGUGUACUAUGUAACACUAGCAAUGCAUAGCAUUUCCUUGAGCUGAAUCUGGAAUUGCAACGCGUUAUACUUUUUUUUUCCUUUUCCUGGAUAGAUUUAUUAUAUAUAUUAAUCGAAUUCUAUUGUCAGGACAAA